AUGUCAACUAUCGAUAUAAAAAAAUUGAAGAAAACACGAGCCUCGCUACGGGGUUUACUUACAAAAUUAGAAAAUUAUAUAACCACUAACGAAACAAUCCCUCAAGAAGAAAUUCAGUCAAGACUUCAAUCGCUUCAAGAAACAUUACGAAAACUACAAGAAAUUCAACAUGAUAUCGAAACAGAAUCACCAGAAGAACAACUUAAUGAAGAAAUAGAGAACAGAUACGACUUUGAAGAGAAAUGUACAUUUUUAAAGACCAAACUUUUGAUACUACAAAACAGAAAUCACGUACCCACCGCAGCACCACAGCUAUCCCCAUCACCUUCGAGCACCAAUUCACGUCUAGACAGAAAUCCCAAAAUGAAUUUCCAACCAUUUCAAGAAAAAGAAACUUUUAAAAAUUUUACGAAAAGAUUAACAGUAUAUUUUUUAUUAAACAACAUAGAAGACCCUAAAAUGAAAGUAUAUAUAUUACUAUCUGCCUUAUCUCCUGAACUUCACGAAAAGUUACACGACCUAUGCUCGCCUGAAGAUCCGAUUAACAUGAACUUUAUAGAACUUACUCGUAUACUAGAUGACCACAUAGAUCCAAAACCGAGUGUAUGGGCAUUACAACAUAAAUUUAUUACCCGGGUACAAAAACAGGAUGAAACAGUAGCAAUGUACGCCUCCGAAUUAAAGAAAUUGUCCAAUAACUGUGAAUUUAAAUGUCAAAGCUGCCAUAAACCAACUUUAGAAAGCUUCAUAUCAUUACAAUUUAUCCGAGGAUUGAAGGACAGUGAUAUAAGAAUAAGAAUACUACAAGAGCGAGAAACACCACCUUUUACAAGAUUGGUACAAAUGGCUACAUCCAUGGAAAUGGGAAAAUCGGAAAACAUACGAAUGUCUACAGACGCACACCGAUAUUCUGACAGCCUCAAUAGAAUUACAAAUAUAACAAAUAAAAACAAUUUCCCUAAUACACCACCAUCUCAAAUACAAAAUCGAAGACUACCAAUAACAAUAAAAGAAUUGAAAGGAAAAUGCUACCGAUGUGGAAAAAAUGACCACCAGUCUAAAGAAUGUGGUGCCUUAAAAUCCGUUUGCAUGAAGUGCAAUAAAACAGGUCAUUUAGCGCGUGUUUGCUUACAAAGAAAUACAAAUAUGAAUAAAUUAGAUGACACUACAAGUAAUACGAGUGAUGAAAACAUGGGAGACAUCAAUCUCAUGAAAAGUGAAAUAUCAGAAAAAUACAUGAUCCAAAUAAAAAUUGAGAACAGACCAAUCAGUAUGGAGUUUGACACUGGAGCAACAUUGUCAUCAAUAUCCCUGAAACAAUACAAGAAAUUGAAUAUCGGAAACCGAAUAUUCAAAACUGAUAUGAAAUUAAGAACAUACACUGGAGAAAUUAUUAAACCCUCAGGAGUCACCUACGUCAAAUAUACAUACAAAGAUCAGACCUUUAAUGGAAAACUAUAUAUAAUCAACCAAGAUGUUGACGCAAUUUUUGGGAGAAGCUGGAUGAAAGAACUUACAAUAAAAUUAUCAGAUAUCAAUAUAAUACGAAAUUCAGAACCAUCUACGAAUCUUGAUCAAUUAUUAGAAGAAUAUACGAACACUGUAUUUAGAACCGACUUAGGAAAAAUACCAAAUUACCAAGCUCAUUUGAACCUCAAGGAAAACAUACAACCUAUAUUUAUUAAACCUCGUCGUAUACCGUAUGCUUUAAAGGAAAAAGUUGAUGAAGAGAUAGAGCGACUAUGUUCAGAAGGAAUCAUUACUAAAGUGGACCAUGCGGAAUGGGGUACUCCAAUCGUACCAAUCGUAAAACCUAACGGCACUAUCCGUUUGUGCGCAGACUACAAGGUAACCCUUAACAAAUGUAUCAAGGAUGAACAAUACCCAAUCCCCAUAAUAGAAGACAUAUUCAUAGAAAUGAAUGGAGGGAAAUAUUUCUGCACCUUAGAUAUCAAACAAGCCUAUCUAAAUUUAGAAAUGGAUGACGAAAGCGCACUUUUACAAACGUUAAGUACACACAAAGGCACUUAUAAAGUGAAUCGAUUGAUGUUCGGUGUUAAGGUAGCACCUAGCCUAUGGCAAAAAUUUAUGGAUCAAUUACUUCAGGGACUAGAUGGAGUCAAAUGCUUCUUUGAUGACAUUAUUAUUCAAGGAACCUCAGAAGAUCAACUCCUAUCACGUCUGAAACAAGUUCUUCAGAAACUCAAAGAGAGUAACCUGCGCGUCAACAGAGAAAAAUGUAACUUUUUUAAGCGAAGUAUUAAUUACCUAGGACAUAUAAUAGAUGAAGAUGGACUACAUAAAAAUAAAGACAAAGUGAAAGCGAUUAUGAAAACAGAGAGACCGAAAAAUGUAAAUGAAUUAAGAACCUUUCUAGGUAUGGCAAAAUAUUAUAACAAAUUUAUACCAAACUUGGCCUCAAUAACAAAUCCUCUAAAUGAAUUACUAAAGAAAGAAAAAGAAUUUCAAUGGUCCUCAAAAUGUGAAACAAGCUUUAAUAAAAUUAAACAGGAGAUAUUGAGUGAAAGAGUUCUCAUUCAUUUCGAUCCCAAAAAGCCAUUGAUAAUAGCCACUGACGCAUCUCCAACAGGAUUAGGCGUUGUUCUAUCUCAUAAACUAAAGGAUGGAUCUGAAAGGCCAAUCGCAUUUGCUUCUAGAUCACUUUCAACCAGCGAAAAGAAAUAUAGUCAAAUCGAUAAAGAAGCUACAGCCAUCUUCUGGGGCAUAAAGAAAUUUUUUCACUACUGCUACGGUCGGAAAUUCACACUGAUAACCGACCACAAGCCUCUUACCUCAAUCUUUCACCCACACCAAACACUACCAGCCUUAAGCACAAUGAGACUAUUCCAUUACGCACAUUUUCUAUCAGGAUUUGAUUAUGAUGUAGAAUACAGACCGGCAUCAAAACAUUCAAAUGCUGAUUAUUUAUCAAGAUUUCCAGUGGAAUAUGUAAAAGAAAAUUCUAAAGAUCAACACUACACAUUCCAACAACAACAAAUCAAUACGCUUGAUGUCCGACCAGAACUUAUAGCUAAAGAAACAAAGACAGAUGAGGAACUUAAAAUAUUGUUGGAAGCACUAAAAACAGGUCACUCAGUACGCCAACACGGCUAUAACGAUAACGAACUUACACUUCAAGAUAAUUGCAUUUUGAAAGGAACCCGAGUCGUAAUACCGCACAGUCUACGUAGCCGUGUUCUCGACGAACUACACGCAGGACAUGUUGAUGCCUUCACAAAGUGGGUUGAAAUCUACCCUACUAAAAUUACUACAAGUUCGUGGUGUAUUGCUAAACUGAAAGAACUGUUCACUACAUAUGGAAUACCACAUACAUUAGCAUCAGAUAAUGGACGACAAUUUAUAUCUCAAGAAUUUGAAUAUUACCUUUCGAACUGUGGUAUAAAACACUCGAAAUCAGCUCCCUACCAUCCAGCGACUAACGGCCAAGCAGAGCGCUAUAUACAAACAAUAAAAAGGGCGCUACGCGCAAUGGAGGGGGAGAGGGGUGACCUUAACGAUAAACUUCUGAUCAUUAAGACACGACUCAGACGUACACCAACCUCGAACGGUCGGACACCAUAUCAGCUUCUGUUCAAUCGAGACGUCAGAACCAAGCUCCAUGUUAUGUUCCGCACCACACCAGCACUAGCAGUAGCUGAAUCGAAUAACAGACCACCUGUUAAACAAAUAUAUACAAAAGGUGACCGGGUCCAAGCUAGAAACUACUCUGUACGCGGGCCAAAAUGGGAAUUUGGCAACAUAUUGAAUAGACUGGGACGAUUGCACUACGAAGUACAGACCGACCAGGGAGCUGUGUGGCGCAGGCACGUGGAGCAGCUACUACCGGCCCCAGGAAUCCAGAAAUAG